UUUCUGGGAACCCCCCGCCCCGGCUGGAUUGGCCGAGCAAGCCUGGAAAAUGGUAAAUGAUCAUUUGGAUCAAUUACAGGCUUUUAGCUGGCUUGUCUGUCAUAAUUCAUGAUUCGAGGCUGGGAAAAAGACCAACAGCCUACGUGCCAAAAAGGGGGCAGAGUUUGAUGGAGUUGGGUGGACUUUUCUAUGCCAUUUGCCUCCACACCUAGAGGAUAAGCACUUUUGCAGACAUUCGGUGCAGGGGAGAUCAUGUUUGACUGUAUGGAUGUCCUGUCAGUGAGUCCUGGGCGAAUCCUGGAUUUCUACACUGCGAGCCCGUCUUCCUGCAUGCUCCAGGAGAAGGCUCUCAAAGCAUGCUUCAGUGGAUUGACCCAAACCGAAUGGCAGCAUCGGCACACUGCUCAAUCGAUUGAGACCCAGAGCACCAGCUCCGAGGAACUGGUCCCAAGCCCCCCAUCUCCGCUUCCGCCGCCCCGCGUGUACAAGCCCUGCUUCGUCUGCCAGGACAAGUCGUCCGGCUACCACUAUGGGGUCAGCGCCUGCGAGGGGUGUAAGGGCUUUUUCCGCAGAAGUAUUCAGAAGAACAUGAUUUACACUUGUCACCGAGAUAAGAAUUGUGUUAUUAAUAAAGUCACCAGGAAUCGAUGCCAGUACUGUCGACUCCAGAAGUGCUUUGAAGUGGGGAUGUCCAAAGAAUCGGUCAGGAAUGACAGAAACAAGAAGAAGAAGGAGCCUUCGAAGCAGGAGUGCACGGAGAGCUACGAGAUGACGGCAGAGCUGGACGACCUCACCGAGAAGAUCCGCAAGGCUCACCAAGAAACCUUCCCCUCGCUCUGCCAGCUGGGCAAGUACACCACGAAUUCCAGCGCUGACCAUCGAGUCCGGCUGGACCUGGGCCUCUGGGACAAAUUCAGUGAACUGGCCACCAAGUGCAUUAUUAAGAUCGUGGAGUUUGCCAAACGCCUGCCAGGUUUCACCGGCCUGACCAUCGCAGACCAGAUCACCCUGCUGAAGGCCGCCUGCCUCGACAUCCUGAUUCUCAGAAUCUGCACCAGGUACACCCCAGAGCAAGACACUAUGACGUUUUCGGAUGGCCUGACCCUGAAUCGAACCCAGAUGCACAACGCCGGCUUUGGCCCUCUGACCGACCUGGUGUUCACCUUCGCCGGCCAGCUCCUGCCGCUGGAGAUGGACGACGCGGAGACGGGCCUUCUCAGCGCCAUCUGCCUGAUCUGUGGAGACCGUCAGGACCUUGAAGAACCAACAAAAGUAGAUAAGCUACAAGAACCACUGCUGGAAGCACUAAAGAUUUACAUCAGAAAGAGACGGCCCAGCAAGCCUCACAUGUUCCCAAAGAUCCUGAUGAAGAUCACAGACCUCCGCAGCAUCAGCGCGAAAGGUGCAGAGCGUGUAAUUACCUUGAAGAUGGAAAUCCCUGGCUCGAUGCCGCCGCUCAUUCAGGAAAUGCUGGAGAACUCUGAAGGGCACGAGCCCUUGACCCCCAGCUCCAGCGGGCACACGGCGGAGCCCAGCCCCAGCGUCUCCCCCAGCUCCGUGGAGCACAGCGGCGUCGGCCAGUCCCCACUGCUGCAGUGAGACACUUUCUGGCUACUCCAACAUUCCCCAGAACCUUCACUCCUGGGAUUUAAAAUGCAAGAAACAUUUUUACUGCUGCUUAGUUUUUGGACUGAAAAUAUAUUAAAACUCAAGAAGGACCAAGAAGUUUUCGUAUGUAUCAACAUAUACCCCUCGCUGUCUAACUUACCUAGAAGUACAAACUUUUUAAAUUCUAAAAAUCAGCCAUUUCAUGCAACCCCAAGCUAGUUAAAAGCCUCUAUUUUCCCGUUUGAACACUCAAGACUGCAUGGCAAAGACCCAGCCAGCUCGGUUCACCCUGGUCGCGUUUCCGGAGACUCUGUACAUACAGCAGUGCGGCUCUGCGCUCCCACGCGUCCGCGGCUCUUUCAUGUCCACACUCCAGGUCACCAAGACCGCGGUCGCGGAGCAGAUUACUGUGCGUGUCCGGUUGAGAGAGGGUCGAAAGGAUGCGUAUUUUGCUUUCACAGAACAAUCAAGACAUCCAGGUAAGGCAGCGGAGUAUUGAAGUGUGACGAGAUAAGGCUAAAGAUACUCUAAUUCAGUUAGUGUAGACGCUUGUCCUUGCUCUUCGGAUGCUCUCAAGCCGCGUCUUUUAUUUCCUGUCGCCCAGUAAAUGUAUACAGGUCCACUGUGCUGGCAGGAGAGCGUUCUCUAUCGGUGUAACUGCCAGCUCAGUUACCAAAUGCCAUUUGUUCAGUUGUUGAUGUCACUUUAAAUUAAAAAUGGUUUAUUACUUGUUUAAUGACAUAACUACACAAUUUUUUUUAAAGAUACAUUUUUACAGUGAUGAUAGCCUCCAAGGCAGCAACACUGUUCAGUGUUAAUACGUUUUUGUUUACCUGUUCACAAGCCAUUACGGAGCUUUCAUGGGAUGACGAUGGGCUGGUCUGCCACCUGUACCAGGUAACUCUGUGUCCUGAGAGGUAGGGGCUGACCCCCCCACCCCACCCCCACCCCCCACAAAGUCAUGGGCAGAGAGUCUGCAUCCUCGGGCCCGGUUCAGUCACUAUGAAGUGGGAUGGAGUGGUUAACAGAUACAAGUGUCAGUUUCUUAGUUCUCAUUUAAGCACUAGUGGAUUUUUUUUGGAUAUAUUAGCAAGUCUGUGAUGUGCUUUCACUGGCUGUUUGUACAUUGAGAUCGUAUAACAGUGCUUUCUAUGUUCAUAUACUGUUUACCUUUUUCCAUGGAGUCUCCUGGCAAAGAAUAAAGUAUAUU